AAUCGGCCGCGAAAUACGAGGCCCCCAGCCCAAUCGUCGCCCCUUGCCGCCGUGACUUUGCAUCUGUUUCGAAGUGAAAUCAUGAUUCUGAAUCCUCUUUCCUCAAAACCCUUCGCUCAAGGGAAUCUCGCGGUACAAAGAUGAGGUUACUCUGUUGUUAGUAGUGGGACGAGGACCGGGACCUGACAUCGCUGGACGAUUGAUUCUGCCUUCACAAUGGAUACGCCCGAACCGGAUCCCAAGAGCGGGCAGGCCACUCCAAACCCCAAAGAUGCCCACCACCAUCACUUGCACCUUGCUCAAGCUUCACGAAAACGCUUCCACGAACUCAUUCAUCCACAGACAGGCAAAACUUUGCAUGUCUGCCAAAGCCCUGAGCAUCUAGAGGAGAAGCGCAAUGAACUGCUCCGCGAAAAGUCAUUGGAAGAAUUCGAACUCAUUCUCCAUGGCUCUGACGAGCAUCUCGAAGUGGUGAGACAAUUACACGCCCAUCAUCAGUCGAAGAGGGACGAACUUAAGCUACGCCAUGGCGACCUAUAUCUCGACAUCGAGAACGUCAAGUCUGAAUUGGACGCCCUCAGCGCGGAACUGCACCGUAUCAGUGACCACGCAGUAUCACUAGACGCAUCGUUCGACCGCUACGGAUACUCAGCACGUCUCAGGACGAAGGACGAAGAUUCCGAAAACGCCUCUACGCACAGCGACCACCCUUCAGCCAUCGACCGACACAAAGAUCGCUCCGUGGAGGCCAUCAAGUUCAUAAAAAGACCUACUGUCCGGCAGUACUUUCAUAAAGGUCUGCUAUGGAGAUCCGCAAAGGCCGGCGAAGUCGGGUCAUUCGAAUUGUUCGUCGAUCUGGUCUAUGUCGGCGUGGUUGAUAUCAUAGGCGAAAAAGCCAUCGAGCACCCAAAUUCGCUGUCUCUACUUCAAUUCUGCAUCAUAUUCUGUAUUGGAUGGAAGAUCUGGGCGGACCUUACCAUGAUCAUCAACCAUUUCGAUAUCGACGACAUCUUUCAGAGGCUCAAUGUCAUGUUCUAUCUCGUCUGUCUCUUCGGAUUUACGACAAAUAUUGCCUACGCAUUCGACUCCACCUACACAUCGGCCAUUGGCUUUUACAUCACGCAAAGAAUGUUCGCUGCGGUCUGGUAUCUUGCAGUGGGCGUGUUUCUUCCCAAUAUCAGAGGAACCAUGGUCUGUUGGACUACCAUGAUGGUCUUUUCGAGUGUGCUCUGGAUAAUCAGCAUACAUGUCGCAUGGCCUCAUCAACUUAUCGUGAUCUGGAUAGCCCUGGUCCUUGACAUAUUCGGUUACGCUGUGCUGAUCUGGUUCAUGCACAAAACAGGAAAGUUUCCGCUUCUGAAACCGUUUGCGAAGUACUUCGAAUUCUUCCCAGCGAUCAACAUAGAGCACCGUGUGGAUCGGAACAAUGCAUUCGUUUCAUUGGUAUUGGGCUAUUCGGUCCUCACAAUCCUAUUCCAAUCGCAAGCCUCUUUCAAUAUAAAUGCAUUCUUUGGUAAGGGUGCGCUUGGUUUGAUUCAGGCUUUCACCUUCAAUUGGAUCUACUUCGAGAUCGACGCAUACCAUGUGCACGUCCACGCGAUACGACGACACUGGAUAAGCAGCACCGUCUGGGUGUCUGCUCAUCUUCCAUUCAUCAUGGGCUACGUACUCGCCGCCUCGACACUCUCGCAACUCGUCCUGGCACAUGACUGCCGCGACGCCAAUCCCGAGGAUCUCGGCGAAAGCUAUCAGCCAAAAAGUGCGCCAGAAGUAGCAAAAGCACUUCGAUGGUUCUACUGCGGCGGCCUUGGUAUUGCCUUGAUCUGCAUGGCCCUCAUCUCGUUCUGCCACAUUCACAAACGCCUAGCCAAAACGCGACUACGCAAACAACCACGGCUCAUCAUCAGGGUUUGCGUGGCGAUUGUAAUCCUCUGUCUACCGCUCGCCGACUCGCUUUCAUCGUUGUCUCUGAUCGCCACCACCACGUCCUUGGUCUUUCUCGUUCUCUGUCUGGAUUUGUACGGCAACUCCUGCGAAGGCGACAAGUUCUGGACGGGUGGAUUUUGUCCCAAAGAGAGGAGAAAGUGCACCUACACGGCGCACUGUAAGAUGGGGAAGAGGCGGCGAAAGGAAUUGGAAGGAAAGUUACAGCGUGGCGACAAGUUGUGCUUGAAGGACUAUAUGAGGAGCAGGAAUACUAGUAUGAGUAGCGUGGACAGUGAGGAGACGCUCAGGGACGAAGAGUGGCAGGGUCUGGGUGGCCAUUAUUGAUCUCGAGAGAGUCCAGCUUGUUGUCAGCCAGGUGUGUUGCAUAUGAUGAAUCUAUGAUGCAGAUACCAGGUCUCCUUGGACAUAUAAGCACGCAGUCCUUUACAUGUUUUCGCAAUUGACCGUAUCAACUUUUCUUUGGUCGUCUCUGUGUCCUGCAAGGCCUAUCGCGAAUAAGGCAGCUAUUACCCUGGUAAAGUGUUACAUCGACCACAUAAGGCACGCCAAUGAGGCGCCUUUGUAAUGAGCCCAGAAAGCCCAAAUCGCCCGACUAUACCAGCCCACUUUUGAAUUGAAUGAAAGCAUUCGACCAACGC